AUGAAACUCCCUCUGAUUGUCUACAGUGUCCUGCUGGUCGCCGUCUGCACAACAUAUCCCUUCUGUUUUGCACAAGCGGCGACUGUUAUCACCUCGAUACUGACGACGGAAACCAUCAUUACCAACCUAUACACAUCACUACUGGCCGGGACGGUCGCCCAAACGCCCGUCACUGUGACCCAUGUUAUACCAGCGCUGGUAGGGCCAGCGUCUCCGACGGCCGCUUAUCCUCUACCCUACCCUCAACCAGCCCAGCCUGGUGGACAGGUCGUCUCUGGUGGGCUCGGUCUGCCAAACCCGUUUGAUGACAUAGGAGGCAUUGUUGGCGGCGUAACUGGCGCUGUUGGCAAUAUUGUGAAUGGUGGAGCUGGAGUCGCUGGUCAAGUGGUCGGCACUGCUGGCGAUAUUGUUAAAGGUGCCGCUGGAGGGAACUAUCCAGCACCGUUACCAGUGCCGGUGCCUAUCCCAGGAACACCAGGAGUUCCAGCGGUGCCGGUGCCUAUCCCAGCAGCACCGGGAGUUCCAGGGGUACCAGGAAUACCGGGAGCACCAGUCAUACCAGGGAUUCCAGCCGCUCCAGGGGUACCAAAUGUGGCGGCAAUUCCAGCAGUCCCUGGAGUCGCAGGGGGCGCUGUGAUUAUUCCUACACCUGUCCCUACCCCAAUGCCACCGCCAGUCGCUCCAGGGACGUUAGUACCGACAUUUACCAGUCUUGGAGGACAAAUCCUUGGCCCUGCUAUAACUGUUCCUUCAGAGUCACUGGCGAUUCCUAGUGCCGGGUCUAUCGCCAGUUUUGUAGCUGAAUCUCCUUCAAUACCUCCAACCAACAAAUGCUCCAUCGAUGUCAUUGGGACCAAGGCCGGCGCCUCCAACUUCGAAGGUUAUAACCCCAAGUUCGGAUUCAUCUUCAACGACCGCUUCCAGUCCAGUCUCCAGUACAUCAGGACCAGCAAUUGUUUCUUACUUGACAGAAACUCUCACGAAGCCAGGAACUCUCAACGUCCAGGUCCAUGGGACGGUGACGCAUGUUUUUCGAGGCAGUUCGUUCUUGUCGCUGGUCUCGUCACGGUCGUCUUCGCAGCCUUUAUCGCACUCCUCAUCACAUACCUCGCCACAAGCUUUGCCAACACCAAGGGGAUCCGUCUUGGUCGGUCCCUCAGAUUCUCGGCCCCGAAUGACCCGCACAUUUGA